AUGUCCAAGACGCAGUCGCGGGCCGAAGAUGCACUCCAGCACAUCCGGUCUCAGAACGGAUACAGCUGUGAUCCUGACGAGGACUCGCAGACGGACGAGACAGAGAAGGACCCCUUCGAGGUGGGAUUUGAGAGUGGCGACCAAGAUCCUCUGUGUCCGCGCAGCUUCGGCAAGGCGAGGAAGUGGAUAAUUGUCUUUAUCGUGUCGUUUGCUAGCUUUUGCGUAACCGCAGCUAGUUCCAUUUACACGUCGACAUAUGCUCAGAUGCAAGCCGAGUUCGGUAACUCGCGUAUCGUAUCGACGCUGGGCCUUUCGCUGUUCGUCCUCGGUAUUGCACUCGGUCCCUUGUUCAUGAGCCCCCUGAGCGAGUUCUACGGCCGACGGCCUAUCUAUCUCGUCUCGUGGACUAUGUACGUUAUCUGGAUUAUUCCUCAGGCCGUCGCCAAGAACAUCGAAACUGUGCUUGUCGGUCGCUUUUUCGAUGGUUUCGCCGGUAGUGCAUUCCUCGCCGUGUCUGGCGGCACCGUGGGUGAUCUCUUCGUCCCCAACGAGUUGCAAGCACCUAUGCUCAUGUUCUCGAUCGCACCGUUUGUUGGUCCUUCUAUCGGACCCCUUAUCGGUGGAUUCAUCAACUACAAUGUCGACUGGAGGUGGACGUACUAUGUGCUGCUGAUCUGGGCGUUUGGCUUAUUGCUGGGAAUUGUGUUUCUUGUUCCCGAGACUUAUCAUCCAAUCUUGGUCAGAAACAAAGCGAGAGAGACUCGAAAGGAAACUGGAGACGAGAGAUGGAAGGCCCCCAACGAAAAGACGCAAAAGUCUGUCGCCGGCGCCAUCGGACGAUCCCUUCUUCGCCCCUUUCAGCUCCUCAUCUUUGAGCCCAUGUGUCUCAACCUGUGUAUCUUCUCAGCCAUCCUCCUAGGCAUACUGUACCUCUUCUUCGGAGCUUUCCCCCUUGUCUUCAUCAACGUCUACGGCUUCAACCUGUGGCAGGUCGGUCUCACAUUCUUAGGUAUCCUAGUGGGCAUGGUGCUCGCCGCCGGCCUCGAUCCCGUGUGGCAUCGUAUUCGGGUCAACCUCAUCCGCCGACUGAGUGAGGAAUCGGGCGUCGAGGGCAAGAGUGAGCCCGAGUUCAGGCUGCCACCGGCCAUUCUAGGUUCAAUCCUCGUGCCGGCAGGCAUCUUCAUGUUCGGCUGGUCUUGCUAUCCCUGGGUUCACUGGAUAGUGCCCAUCAUCGGAGCAGCCAUCUUUGGAGCUGGGACACUCCUCGUCUUCAGCGGAAUCUUUACCUUCCUGGUGGAUGCGUAUCCGCAGUACGCCGCGAGCGCCCUGGCCGCCAAUGCAUUCGUGCGCUGCGCCUUUGCUGCCGCGUUUCCCCUCUUUGGAAACCAAAUGUAUGAGAAGCUCAACUACCAUUGGGCUUCUUCGUUGCUGGCCUUUCUGACGGUCGCCAUGAUGCCUUUCCCGUAUAUCUUUUUCCGGUACGGCAAGCGUAUCAGAGCCAACAGCCGCUUCGCUACAUCGUAA